AUGCGAACUCGAUCGAGUCGAACAACAGAAGACUUGGUCGAGCUAGAUUUCACCACAGGUAGAAAGAGAAGUCAGAUAACUCAGAGGGUACAAGAGGAACCUGAGGUGCUUGUUACUGAUACAAUGGAUGUACCAGAGGGUAAUGGAAACCCUUUGGGCAAUGGACUCGGUCGAGCUAGGCAACCUCGACCGAUUGGUCUAGGAGAUGCUCCAAACCGCCAUCAACAAAGACAAGGGAUUGUCCCACCACCUGUUCAGAACCACAACUUUGAGAUCAAGCUGGGAAUGAUCAACCUUGUGCAGAACAAGAUGUUCCAUGGAUUGCCAAGUGAAGACCCCAUUGAUCACCUUGAUGAGCUUGAUAGGUUAUGUGAUUUGACAUUGAUCAAUGGUAUCUCUGAAGAUGCCAUCAAGCUGAGACUCUUCCCCAUGUCUCUUGCUGACAAAGCUCACCAAUGGGAGAAGAACUUGCCCCAUGGCACAAUCUCCACCGGUCUCACAGCCAAGCUAAGGAGUGAGAUCUCGAGCUUCAUACAGAGAAGCUUCAUACAGAGGAACAAUGAGACUUUUGCUGAGGCUUGGGAGAGGUUCAAAGGGUACACAAGUCAGUGCCCCCAUCAUGGCUUCAACAAUGAGUCUUUGCUAUCUACUUUUUAUAGAGGUUGUUUGGCAAGAUAUAGAGAGAUGUUGGACACAGCCAGCAAUGGGAACUUCCUUAAUCAGAAUGUUGAUGAUGGUUGGCAGCUUGUGGAAAACAUGGCCAUUUCAACUGAAUGCUAUGGAGAGCAUUAUGACAGUACAGACUGGAGCUCGACCGCGCACUCGAUCGAGCUGGAAGCACAGAUGAGAAAAGACAUGCUUGCACUCAAUUCAAAGUUGGACAAACUGAUCCUGGCUCAAUUCCCUGCUAAGCAUGUCAAUUCUGUCUCUGGAAAAACUCUAGUUAAGGAUCAGGAAGGGGAGGAGACCCAACAUGAGGUUUGCUAUAUUCAAAAUAGACAAGGAGGCUAUAGGAAUCCUCAGCAAGGACAUCAAGUCAACUAUGGCCAACAAGGGACAUACACUAGCUAUCCAACCACCUUGCCGCAACAACAACCUAGUGUCCCACCAGGCUUCAUCUAA